AUGGCCAAUGUGAAUUACAACAAUCGUCCACCCUAUCCCUCUCAAAGCCAAAACCACUACUCUCAUGGUGGUAAUCAACACCAAGGGUGGAGAGACAAUGCACAAGGGAACAACCAAAUCCAAAGAUGGAACAACUCUUCUUCUCACCACAAUAACAAUUACCAAGCCAACCAAAACCACCACAACCAAAACCAAAAUAACUACACUAAGUACCAAGCACCACACCAAAGACAACAAUCCAACCACACCUCUCCACCUCCCACCAACCAAAUUGAAGAGCUUAAAGUUGCUGUGGAUAAAAGAGAUGAAAGCUAUAAGACUCAAUUUAAGGCUAUGAAUGCUCAAGUAGCCAAUCUUGCUGAAAUGAUCUCAAAGAUGUCCAUGUCAUCUUCCAACAAUAUCAAUCAACCCUCAAGUUCUUCUAACCUUCCAUCCCAACCCCAACUAAACCCAAAGGGCGGUCUCAACGCCAUUACUCUAUGGUCAGGAACUACAUUGGAGGAGAUACCUCCAAGGAUCUUAAAAGACAUUCAUGAUGAAGAAGUAGUUGUUGAAGCUCCACAUGAAGAGGAUGAGGUAGGCAAGAAGCAUGAAGAGGAAAGAGUAAACCUCAAGGAACCCAAGAGGAAAGCUCUAGUGGAUGAGUCCAUCCCAAUUCUAUUCCCUUCCAUGGUGAAGAAAGCAAAGAAGACACCGGAAUUUGACAUGAACAUGCUUCAAGUGUUCAAAAAGGUUGAGGUAACCAUACCACUUCUUGAUGCUAUUCAACAAAUUCCAAAGUAUGCAAAAUUCUUGAAAGACUUGUGUACACAGAAGGAUAGGAUAGGGAAAUUGGAGACAUUAUCCUUGGGAAGUUCAAUCUCUUCUUUGAUGGAACCCAAGGAUAAUGUGGUGAAGAGAUUGAAACUUCUUUGA